CUGAUUUCAAGAAUUUUCGUUUGUUUUGCCUUGAAAUUCACAGCCAUUGUUACAGCAUUUCUAUCCACGAGUGUUCCAGCACGAUUCAUUCGCUUUCCCUGAACCCAGCUCGCCGUUAUCAGUCCAUUACAGCUCCCCUGUCACGCUCUCUGUCUGGAGUAACUGCUCUGCCAUCAGUUCCGUGCAACGUGUCCAAGUUAGUCUGCAAAAUUGCCCGAGUAAUCCACGUCCCGCUGCCGAACCAUGUCGACGACUGCUGGCAACUCCAAACGCACGACCUACUCCAAGCAGAAGAGCGCUGAGGAGGUGGAGGUGGACGAGCUCAUCCAGCAGCUGGAAGUAACGCCCACGGUGACGCCUGCUGCUGCCGAGGGAACAGCGGAGACUGUCCAGGAUGAGACCAUGCAGACCGAACAGCAGCGAAGUACUCCGCAGAAGCACGGCAAACGCCAUCUAAUCGGUAAAGUCGCAGCACCCGGUGUUGAACGCCCGGGCAGUAAGCCUGUCUUUGUCAAUGCCAAGAAAGAGGCAGCUGUCACGAAGAACAGCCGUAAACCGCGCAACGGUCUGGGACGGGGCUUGCCCAAGAAAGGAGGCGCAGGGGGGAAAGGUGUCUGGGGGAAACUUGGCGAUGAGAUGAUUGACUACGAGGAGGAAAUGGAGCAGGAGCCCGGAGAUGCCAUUGACGAUUAUGAUAAAAUGCAGAUGCAAAAGGAUGAAAUUACAAAGCCGGAGCAACUGCGGGCAGCUUUAGUGCCGAUUUUGGAUGAAUAUUAUAAUCAUGGGAAAAGUGCCGAGUUCAUACGAUCUCUGGAAUCACGUUCCAUUAAGCCAGCUAUUAUCCACAUGAUCGCUUACUAUGCCGUGGUUAUUUCCAUGGAUAAGAAGGCCUUUGAACGCGAAAUGACUUCCACAUUGUUGGCAGAUCUGUACGAUCAUGGGCUGACGGAGGAGCACUACGAAUUGGCGUUCGAUCAGAUUUUAAGCGAGCUGGCGGAUCUCGUGAUCGACUGCCCCGAAGCUUUGGAUUUCACGGCGAAUUUUAUCGCCCGGUGUAUUGCAGAUGACUGUCUGGCACCCAAGUUCAUUGAGAGCCGUAUGGAGAAGCACGAGGACAAGGAGACCGUGACGGCUAAGACGUUGUCGAAGGCUGGUGUAUUGAUUAAUAUCAAGCACGGUCUGGUACGUCUGGACAAUGUCUGGGGUGUUUCCGGUGGAACGCGACCCGUGAAGCAUCUGAUUAAGAAGAUGCACUCAAUUCUGCACGAAUACGUGGAGAGUUCGGGAGAUGUGAACGAGGCACUGCGCUGCCUGGAGGAACUGCAGGUGCCGCAUUUUAACCAUGAAUUCGUCUACGAGGCCAUUCUGAUGGUCAUGGAGGACGGAAAGAAUCGGGCGUUCGAACUGAUUCUUAAGCUGUUGAAAGAGGCUGCGCAGGAGAACAUAUUGACUGUGGAUCAGUUGAAUACGGGAUUUCAGCGUAUUUUCGACGAUCUAGCCGAUAUUGUGCUAGAUGUUCCGUCCGCCUACUCGACGACGGAGAAGUUUAUCGGGCAGUGCCAGCACGAUGGGAUCAUUUCGGCGGAAAUGGCCAAAAAGUUUCCGGCUCGCGGCCGAAAACGCUUCGUCUCGGAGAAUGACGGGGGACGCCUUAAGGACGACGUGUUGAACGACGAAUUCCGCCAGCGUGUGGAAAGUAAUCCGACUCACAAGGAGGAGGAUGAGGAUGCAGAGAAGUAGUCGGAGGUCUCCUGUAUCAGGGGAUUAUUGUCGGUUUUCAUGCUAAAUAUUGUACCUAAAUUCUUACAUAAGCCGCCAAGCGGUGCAUAUCCGUCAUAUCGUUCUUGAUUGUUAUGUUAAUUGUCAUAUCCAGUUGGGACUGAGUUUUUUUCUACUGAUGCACUGUGUAUUCAUACAGAAUCCAAUAUAAGAUAUAUUGUUAGUGCUGUAAUUGUCAGGCUUAUGUACUUUUUUUGCUUUCUCUCUUUGUAAUUAGGUUUCAUUCUGGCAAAAUUUUGAUGGGCAGCCUAGUGAUUUUAACAGUUGGUGCAUUUCGGUGUAACUUGUAGGUAGACCCGAGAAAUAUUUCAAAAACGAACUCUAACGA